AUGCCACCGCCAUCACUACCAGAUGCGGUCGAUUUGAUGACACAUAAUUACUUGAAAUACCGAAAGCAAUGGAAUUCACUGAAAACAGUUGAAGAACGAGAAAAUAUUACACCAAAUUUAUCACAAGCUGGUAAUCUAGAAAAUCCCGUAUCACCAUCUCGCUUUCAAUCGAUUUCCAAAUGGGUGAAGCCAACAAGAAGCACUAGUUCUGUACUGGAUCCCAAUUUCAAUAAAUUACCCACAAAAAUAUCCCGAAUAGAGGAAGAUUUCUGCAGGAACGCUGAUGCAAAAUUAAUGAUAAAUUUAGCUGAAGAAAUGAUCGAUCAGCAGUUACCAACGACAUCGUUGCAACGAACCAACCCUAUGGAAGGAUUACACCUGCCUCACAGGCAGCAAAUACCUGGUGAAUUAAUAAAUCCGAACCUGUCAGACAUCAGACGCAGUUACAAUCUACAGCGUAUGCAACAACGAUUAAACGCUGCCCUUGCAGUUGGGAAAAAAGUAAAACGAAGUCAAAGAAAAUAA